UCAUUAUUCCGACCUGAAUUCCGACAUGGAUCGAUGUCAAACCCCAACCACCUGCACAUGUAUAUUUUUGACACAUAUGUGGUAAUGAUAAAAUAUAGGUACAGUAGGUCUAUAGUAAGCUGCGACCGUGUGAAGAAAAUAUUACAGACUUCCUCUUGGCUAUCUACAGGAAGCAACCACUUCAAUAUCUGUGCAAGAGCAGAGACAGCUUUGCACACAGUGAGGCUGACUAAGGGCUCGGUCUCAACUGGUGUGAACACUGCGUAACUUCUGAAGCCGGUUCAGGAUGAGCUGUUCCCUGCUAUCCUUUUGGGGGGCCAAUUUGCUCCUGUGUCUGGGGCUAUUUCUGCAGUAUGGAGAAGCCAGAGUGCUCACAGAAGCACAAGCUGGGCCUCUGUAUCGGGUGGUGGGCUACCCGCUCUUCAUUUCCUGCAAUGUGAGCGGCUUUGCCAAUGCCGAUGCUAAACAAGAGUUUGAGUACCGUAUCACAAAGCCUGCAAAUCCAAGCUUUGAGAUCAACAUCAUCAGUACCGCUGACCAAACCUUCGGCUAUGCCAUGUAUUCACCCCGCGUGAGGGGGAAGGAAAUAACUCUGACACACAUGUCUUCAACCUCAGUCAUCUUUAAGAUAGACAGCCUACUAAAAAGUGAUGAAGGGGAGUUUGACUGUACUGCAAUCAACUCAGAAAGUCAUUAUGAUGGAACCUACAGUGCAAAGACAACAGUGAAAGUAAUUGACAACUCCUUAAGUGUUUCAUCAACUGCCUCUGCCUCACUGAGCUAUAAUGAGGGUGAUGCUCUCACUUUGACAUGCCAAGCCUCCAGCAACACCGUCCAGCACACCCAUCUGUCUCUUGCCUGGUUUCUCCAUAAAGACGGCGAGGACGAAGCUCAACCUAUCAUUUCUCUGAACAGAGAUUUCACACUGAGCCCAGGCGGGGAGUUUAAAGGGCGUUACCAAAAAGGACUCAUAAGGUUAGAUAAAAUUGGAGAGGCCACAUAUAAGCUAAAGAUGGCUCAGCUGGAGCUGUCAGACCAAGGCAGGAUCUACUGCCAGGCUCAGGAGUGGAUCCAGGAUCCUGAUCGGUCCUGGUACUCUAUCGUAAAGAAGGCUGCAGAGAAAAGUACCCUGACUGUGAAAGCCAGAGAGGUGGUGACAGACACGUCGUCUCUGGUGGUGAGAAUCUUAGCACAGCCGACAACCCUGCAGGAGGGGCAGGAGCUAUCGCUGUCCUGCACCAUAGACGCACAGGACCUGGAGGAAAAGUUCUUCUCUGUAGCCUGGCUCAAGGAAAGCGUUGAGUUGGCCCGCAUCGGCCCUUCAGGCAUUCUGUCUGUGGGGCCCGAGUACAGCGUGCGAGCAAAAGAAGGAGAGCUCAGGGCAGCCCGGACAGGGGGCAGAGAUUACCGUCUCAUAUUGCAGCCUGUCAGAACCGAGGACCAGGGAGAGUAUAUCUGUAGAGCAUGGCCUCAGGAAAGAGGCCCGGAUGGUGCCUUUACACAGGGAGCAGCCCAGGACUCCAGCUCCCAGGUAGUCAGCAUCUCAGCCACAGAAAGUGGGCUCUCACUCAGAAUGGAUAAGCGCGAUGUGAGCGUUAAUGAAGGUGACGGGCUGAAGCUCACCUGUCAAGUGCAUGGGGUCAACGGUCAGCUCUCUGUCACCUGGCAACACAAAGCAACAUCCUCAUCAACGGCCAUGUUCACUAAUGUCAUCAAUCUGAGUCAGGAGGGUGUCAUGGAUAAAGCGGCAGAGUUCAUGAGUCGCAAAGUGAAGGCAACGCGUCCCACUAUUGGCAACUUCACCCUUGAGCUUGAUGAGGUCACACCUUCUGAUGCAGGUGUCUACCAGUGUACUGUGUCUGAAUGGAAAAUCAAUAGCAAGACCAACAGCCAGUCACAGACUGCUGCUGUGACAGUGACUUCUGCAGAUGUAUUUUUGAAAGUAUCUCUUGUAAGUCGCAGCAGCACGGUGACUGUGGGAGGAAAUUUGGAGUUGAUGUGCCGCGUCAAAGGGCCACAUGUACCAAUAACAGUGACUUGGAGCCUGCAGCGUGGUUCCUCCCUAGAUAGCAUCCUGACAAUUAACUCUGAUGGUACCAUCAGCUGGUCUGGAGACCAGCGCCGGUACCAGCUGAAAGUACAGAGCGCACAGAAUCAAGUUGUUUAUUAUCUUCUCAUCAACGGUGCGAGCCACAGUGAGGCAGGAAGCUACCUAUGUAGUGUGUCUGCCUUCUUGGAGAAUAUAUACAAGCGGCUACCUCUAUCCAACCCGGUGGCUGUUAACGUGCUGAACCCAGUGAGCGAGCUCACUCUGACCUGCCCCCCCACCUUGACAAGUAAUACCAACACUAACAUAGAAAUAAAAUGUCAGAUUUCAAAUCCCUCUGCAUCCUCUCGCUAUGCUGUCACCUGGCAGCUCCAGCAACAGGCAGAAAAUAAGACCAUUAUAAGCUCGAACCGGGAUGCCCUCAUAACAAUUGAACAUAUAGAGUCGAGCCAAAGACAGCGAAUCAACAUGAAGCGCAGUGAGGGACCUAGUUAUGAGUUGAAUAUUUGGCAAGCUCAGAUUUCAGACAGAGGCACAUACAUAUGUGAGGUGGUGGAGUGGCUACAAGACCCUCGUGGUGAUUGGAUUCAGCUCUCAACAGUGUCCAAAUCUACAACGGUAACAGUUAUUGAGCCUGCCAAUGACCUUCGUUUAGAUAAGAAAGAGCAAUCGUUGAUGGCCAUGGAGGGAGACGAGGUGGAACUCAAAUGUAAUAUCUCAGGUGCACCCAGUCCUUCUUUUUUCUACAAAGUCGUUUGGCUCUACACUGGGAACAGUUCUUCAGUCACAAAUGUCCUGUUGGAGCUUGAUCACACGGGCCUACUGAGUUACCCAAAGAACCAGGGGCUCAGUGACCUGCAGGGGCGACUUUGUCUCUUCAGACCCUCUCAGAGCAGCUUCUACUUAAGGAUUCAAAGAGCCCAUGAGGGGGAUAGUGGGACAUACAAGUGUCAAGUGGAGCAGUACCAGCUGGAUACUAAAGGUCACUGGCAGCAAAAGGCCUCAGAAAGCGCUGGCCCCAUCACACUGACUGUAAAUGUUGCAGAAAAACAGCUGUCCAUUGUAAAGGAAGAAAUUAAGCUGAAUGCCAGCACAUCCCAGGGUUUUACUAUUCCCUGUCAUAUCAUCAAACAUUCUAGCAGUGCGUCUGAGUUCCAGGUCAUGUGGUUUUGGCAGAAAGAGACAGAAACUAAACAGCGCCCCAUAUUCACAGUUUACAGAAACUCCACCCUACAAGACAAGUUUGGGAAUGGUGAUAAACUAAGAUUUAGCCACCCUUUGCCCAACCAGUUCAGCCUUACAGUCUUAAAUCCAGGUCCUGAAGAUAGUGGGGUAUAUUUCUGUGAGGUAGAAGAGUGGCUCCCAUCUCUGUCUCAUGGGUGGAGGAAAGCUGCCGUGGAAAAGUCGGGAUAUUUGACUGUUAAUGUCUAUGCAGAUGCUGUCUCUGAGCCACAAUGCAAGUCGGGUACCUUUAUAGGGAUUAUCGUAGCAAUUGUCAUCGGCGCACUUUUGGUCAUAAUCAUACUGGUGCUGAAGAAGAGCAAGGGAGGAAAGAAGUCAAAGGAAUCUCUGUGGACAGAGCAACACCUUCUGAACACCAAACCCAAUGCAGCUGAUUGAACCUCAUUACAUAUUUUUUAUGUGCACUGUAAUAAAUGCAAUAAUGUUUUAAAAAGUUCCACAGUACAUAUUUUUAAUACAGUUUUUAUUUAAACAUUCUAUAAUUCUUAUUUGAAUGAAUCUGUUGAUAAUGUUCCAUAAAACAAUUGUUUAAAUGUUUUACUGUGCAGCUGGGAAUGAUUUUGCCUUUAUAAAUAAAUAAAAUUAAUUAAACCCUUGAAAUUAAACAGGCACUUUUCAUUUUGCAGCUAAACCUUAUUUACAUAAUCACCAGCUUC